AUGUCCAAGAGAAGCCACCCGCCACACCCAGAGCUCCGACACCCAAGCACAAAACGAGCCAAAGAAAUCGACGCACACACCCCGUACGACCAAUUGAGCGCUCUCCUAGCCUCACAAGAGUCGCCCAAAGAAACCAGGACAGUUCUCCACUGGUUCCGGAGCAAAGACCUUCGCAUCCACGACAACCGGGCAUUGAAUGCCGCAUCAACCUUGGCUAAGGAGUCCAAGGCACCCUUGCUCUGUGCCUACCUGAACUGUCCGGCCGAAUUUCGAAAUCAUGGUACCUCUCCGGCUAGGACGGACUUCAUCCUCGAGAACCUGCGCCUGAUCAGAUCCGAACUGGAGAAUCUGGAUAUCCCGCUGGUCUUCCUCGAGGCAAACAACCGGGCCGACCUGGUGCCAACGAUUGUCCGGUUCGUGCGGGAUAACAGCAUUUCGCACGUGUUUGCAAACUACGAGUAUGAAAUCGACGAGCUUCGCCGCGACGUCAAAGUCUUGAAAGAAGCCAACAACGCGCAAGGGUCCCGCCCGGCCGGCUUUCAUGUCUCGCUGCAUCAUGACCAAACAGUCAUGGAACCAGGCAGCAUGCUCACAGGCAGCGGCACAGCCAUGAAAAUAUUUACUCCUUAUCACAAGGCUUGGUUGGCCAGGGUAAAGGCCGAUCCGAGUUUGCUCGACUCUGUGCACCCUCCUGCCAAAAACCUCCCAGGCGCCAAAAAAAGCCUGCAAUCCUUCUUCAACAGCCCGGUGCCCACUCCUCCAAAGGAGAAAGAAUUCUCUGGUGAAAAGGAAAAAUCACGGAUCCGCGCUCUCUGGCCUGCGGGCCACGCUGCAGCCAUGCAACGCCUCAACGAGUUCCUCUCGGACAAGCUAGUCGACUACGCAGUGACACGUUCCAACCCGGCAAAGGACUCGACAUCACGGCUAUCAGCGUACCUCAGUGCCGGGGUGAUAUCGGUGCGCGAAGUGCUGAUCGAAGUGCGCAAGCACAACGGAGGCUCGGCGGACUUUUCAUCGAUGGGGGCCGAUGCCGGCCUAUCAGGCUGGGUUCGCGAACUCGUCUUUCGGGAACUAUACCGGCAGACGACGCUGACGACGCCACACACGGUAAUGAACUUGCCACAGAACCUGAAAUUCGACUUUGUGCAGUGGGAGGACGACGAGGAAGGAUAUGACCGGUGGGAGAAGGGGACGCUGGGCGUGCCUUUUAUCGACGCGGGCAUGCGCCAGAUCAAGGCCGAGGCGUACAUGCACAACCGACUGCGAAUGAACGUGUCGUCAUACCUCUACUGUAACUUACUCGUCGACUACCGUCGUGGCGAACGCUACUUUGCCGAAACGCUCAUCGACUGGGACCUCAGCAACAACACCCAGGGCUGGGAGCCCAGCUACACCGUGUUCAACCCCAUCAGCCAGGCCGAGAAGAACGAUCCCGACGGUGAGUAUAUCCGCAAAUGGGUGCCAGAGUUGAGAAGCGUCAAGGGCAAGGCGGUCUUUGAUCCUUUCCAUCGCCUGGACAAAGACGAAUUUGAGAAGCUGGGGUACCCAAAGCCCUAUGUCGAUUGGCAUGAGACAAAGCAGCGAGCGCUGGAGAGAUUCAAGAGCGAUAUGAAGGACGCCGAGCCUUGA